AUGGCAUCGUCCUCGGACGCAGCCCUCACCAUCACGACCACCAGCGUGUGCACCGCCCUUAUCCUCGCCCGCUGUGCCUACCGCGUGGUCUUCCGAUGCCACAUCCACCGAACCUGUCAUCGCCGGUGGCGCAUUGACGACUUCUACAUGACCAUUGCCAUCCUGCCUCUCAUCGGUCGCGCUCUGUGUAUUCUCUACUCGUUCGAACUCAACCCGAACCAUACCUACGAUCCUGCCACCGAAGCCGAGGCCGAAACAUGGGGCCAGAGCGUCGCCGAAAUUGAUGCCCGUCGGGAGCUUUCGCAUAAGCUUCUCAUACCUGCGCGGAUCUUCUAUGCGCUGUUUUUAUGGUGUCUGAAGCUGGGGCUACUGGCCUUUUAUUCGCGCUUCAUAGAUGUGUUCCGCUGGGGCAAAACUGUUGCCGAUACGCUCUGGUGGUUCAUCGUCGUCACUUUUGUCGCUGUUUUAAUCACAAUUCUGGCGGAAUGCCGUCCGCUGUCGCUAAUGUGGACGCUCAAUCGCGACGAUAACAGUAAUACUCUCAAAUUCGCCACCCUCAGGAUGUCAGCUAACGUGCUUACAGAAGCCGCAUGCAAUCGCGCAGUGGGAAACUUGAUCUUGAUGGCGGUUUGCAACAUCGUCCUAAACAUAGCUCUAAUAAUUCUGCCUUUUCCGAUGCUAAGACAUCUACGACUUGAUCUCAAAGAAAAAUUACAACUUGGUAUCCUCUUCAGCGUGGGCGCUGUCCUGGUCGCCAUCACCAUCCUCCGCCUCCCCCUCAUCCUCAACGAAUCUGUUUCUCAAAAGUCUCGAUCAUUGUGGGCUUCAAUUGAGAUUAUGUGCGCCUGCGUGGUCGCGAACACACCUUUCUUCUACGCUCUUGUAAAAGACUUGAAACGACAACACGAUGACCGGCCGGAAAGAUCACCGUCAAAUGCUACAAACCAGGGGGACUUCUAUGAUCUACCAAGUUUACCAUCGUCCGCUGGUGCGCAAAUGCCUGUUGUGUUAUCGCCUGAUACGUCCAAGGCCACGGUGAAGUAUUUCGAGACUGUAUAG